AUGAGGGUCUUCCUAGGCCUGUUCGUCGCCUCACUUUCCAUCUUAAGGACGAAUGCGGAUAUGCGUGAAAACCUUAACACCCAGUACAAGUAUGAAGUCUGCAAAGGGAAGUACUUGAAUAUUGCUGCAUCCGGCGAUAAGAAAAGUCCAGCAUGCUGGAGCUUCUCCCGUGAUGAUGAAUCCGUUGAUCGGUACCAUAAAUUUCAAGAAGAAAUCGUGUCUCGAGGUUUCCAAUUUAGGGGUCGGAGGAAGGAAAUACUUGAAAUGCUCAUGCUCCAUGCACCAGAAAGCUUACAGCUGAAUCGCUACAAAGCGGCAAUAAUCGAGAGUGCAUUUGAGGACAGCUCGAUCCCGAAAGAGUUUAUAGAGGGCUUUUCAGAUUUGGUUGCCUUCCUAUGCUGCGUCACCCGUCAAGUAAACCUUCACUGGUCCGAAAAACAAAAGAAAAAGUGGAACGAUAUGGGGCUGGACGUGGAGGCGGAGCUCUUGAAAAGUGAGGAACAAAUUCUACAAGCAUACCUACUCACAUACUCAGCUUUGGAUAUAUCUUUCCCCAGUCUCAUUCAAUCUGACUCCUAUCUUGCUGUAAUGACCCUAGCCUCCCAUUCCCUCCAACCAUCGGUAUGCCUUGUAGGGGUGCGACAGCAAAUGAACUCAAGUGAUAAAAUAGAAAGAAGCAGCAAUAAUAGGAAACGCCAACGACAAAACAAAGGAGACGUUGCGCGAGUGGUUUUCUGUCAAAACACUAUCACAAAAACUGUAGCUCCGACUGUACCUGUGGCUGCUCCAGCUCCAGAAAACACCCUACCGUCUGAAGUGCGUUUCGGGAUUGCUGAUGCGCUUCUUGUUCUUGCUUCUGGUUCAAAGAUUCAUCUGGCCCUUGAUCCGGAAAAGGAGCAUCUAGAGGUUGAUUUAGGGAAACCAGUGGAUCAGUGUACCAGAGUUGAGGUGAGGGAGCGCCUUCUUGAACAGCAAGAGGCCAUUGAGAGGGAGAUCUUGAAGAACUUACCGAAAUCAGAGUCAGAAGAAGCAAAAAGCGUACCACAUUGGCACACAAAAGCCGUCAAUAUUCCUGCAGAUAUGAAAAAUAUCAUCCACGCGGCAGAAGCAGGCUCUACUAUUCCCUUCGGCGUUGAAGUAAAAGUGGGUUUGACGAAAGCCCAUCUCAAACUUCUUUCUGGAAAGAUGGUCGAAUUGGAGCUCAAGCCCGAGGCGCAUUCCUUUACGCUCGAAUUGGACACGCCAGUGGAAAAGUGUACGCUAGAAGAUAUAAGGACACAGCUGGAGAAACAGCGGGGUAACAUUCAGUCUCUCCUCAUGAAGGCCACAAAAGAAUCCACGUCAGAAGAAGCAAGAGCCUCACAGAUAUGGGAAGUCCCAGAAAUCGUUUUGGGUACAAAUUUGGACUCUAUUAUAAACGCAGCAAAGGAAGGCGGCGUUGUUCCCUUUGAAGUGACAGGCAAGCGCAACGCUAAUUCACAUGCACUCAGCUACAUUUCCCUCAGAAAUGAUCCACAGGUGCCAAACUGGUGGAGACCCUUAGGAAAAGUGGCAGUCACACUAAAAAACUAUCUUAAAGUGACGCGAACUCGUCAUGAUAAAGCCGAGGCCUCCGUUGUUUACUGCGAAAAAUACCCCUUAAGUCUGGAUCUCUCCCCAUCUGAAGUGAGGGAGAAGACGCUGCAACAAAUUGUGGUGCUGCUGAAUGCGAGUUCCCAGGAGUCGGAGGAUGUCCGUAUUGGGGCUGCAUGUUUGACGUGGGCUGCCAACGUGGAUAUUUAUGAACGGUUGCAUAUGACCAUGAAGCAAGACUGGGGACCUGUGAAAGUGAUUGAUGGAGCACCAACUGCAGCUGAUUGGCUCGGCGUAAAGCUGCAGACUUCCUUGGAUACAAACGUUAUUCGUGGAGGAGAAGGCGCGCAUAAGGCAGUUAAACAUAACACGCGCAUGUGCAUUGAUGCAGUUCGGAUUAUCGGGAUUAUCAUGAGUCAGAGGAGGCAAGAUAAUCCUGAUGCGCCCAUCGUGGGACCGGGGAGCGUGCUGGCUACAGCAUUAAAUUUGUCGUUUGACGAUGACGAUAUUUUCGCUGAGCUUACAACGAAGUUUUCCUUGGCUCGCUGCAGCCGCGAGAAAUCAGCAAAAAAGGCAAAUAUGUGGAGCCUGGCGCCGGUUGUACUUCUUGCCCUCAUAACCUGGUAUUCGGAUGCUGUUGAGUGUCUCCUGCAAACCAAGGGAGAGCAACGGUUCAUGCUGGCUCUUCUUGCUAUUCCGCCAAAGACUCAGUUGAAGGGUGCUCUCUCAUUCGUGACCCUAUUCAACAAAGCUCUGAGCAGCCUCAAAACAGGAUCCUCAAAGCCAAAAUCAACACUCGAACAAGCUGCACGCAAUUGCGAGCAAUUACAACUGGAAACCGGUGUGGAGAGAAAAGCAAAUGCCCACGCACAGCUAGGGGAGGGUCCGAAUAUGUUCUAG